GAAGUGUUCGAUAACGAUGGCAAACCUCGUGUGGAUAUCUUAAAGGCACACCUUAUGAAGGAAGGGAGGCUGGAAGAGAGCGUUGCCUUGAGAAUAAUAACAGAGGGAGCUUCAAUUCUCCGCCAGGAAAAGAAUUUGCUGGACAUAGAUGCACCAGUCACAGUUUGUGGAGACAUCCAUGGUCAGUUCUUUGACUUGAUGAAACUGUUUGAAGUGGGAGGUUCUCCUGCUAACACACGGUAUCUCUUCCUGGGGGACUACGUGGACAGAGGGUACUUCAGCAUUGAAUGUGUGCUGUACUUGUGGGCCUUGAAAAUUCUUUACCCCAAAACACUGUUUUUACUUCGUGGGAAUCAUGAAUGUAGACAUUUAACAGAGUAUUUCACAUUUAAGCAAGAAUGUAAAAUCAAAUACUCAGAACGUGUAUAUGAUGCCUGCAUGGAUGCCUUCGACUGCCUUCCCUUGGCUGCUCUGAUGAACCAACAAUUCCUGUGUGUACAUGGUGGCUUGUCUCCAGAGAUCAACACCUUAGAUGACAUCAGAAAAUUAGAUCGAUUCAAGGAACCUCCUGCAUACGGACCUAUGUGUGACAUCCUGUGGUCAGACCCAUUGGAGGACUUUGGAAAUGAGAAGACUCAGGAACACUUUACUCACAACACAGUCAGGGGGUGCUCGUACUUCUACAGUUACCCUGCUGUAUGUGAAUUCCUACAGCACAAUAACUUGUUAUCUAUACUCCGAGCUCAUGAAGCCCAGGAUGCUGGGUAUCGCAUGUACAGGAAAAGCCAGACAACAGGCUUCCCUUCACUAAUCACUAUUUUUUCAGCACCAAACUAUCUAGAUGUAUACAAUAACAAAGCUGCAGUAUUGAAGUAUGAGAACAAUGUUAUGAACAUCAGACAGUUCAACUGCUCCCCUCAUCCAUACUGGCUUCCAAACUUCAUGGAUGUGUUUACCUGGUCCUUGCCAUUUGUGGGAGAGAAAGUGACAGAGAUGCUGGUAAAUGUGCUGAACAUCUGCUCAGAUGAUGAACUGGGGACAGAGGAAGAUGGGUUUGAUGGAGCAACAGCUGCUGCUCGAAAGGAGGUUAUAAGGAACAAGAUAAGAGCAAUAGGAAAAAUGGCUAGAGUUUUCUCAGUGUUAAGAGAGGAGAGUGAAAGUGUGCUGACACUGAAGGGUUUGACUCCAACAGGAAUGCUGCCCAGUGGUGUGCUCUCUGGAGGAAAACAAACACUGCAAAGCGCUACUGUUGAGGCUAUUGAGGCUGAUGAAGCUAUCAAAGGAUUUUCACCCCAGCAUAAGAUCACUAGCUUCGAAGAGGCCAAAGGCUUAGAUCGAAUUAACGAGCGAAUGCCUCCGCGCAGAGACGUGCCAUCCGAUGCCAACCUUAACUCCAUCAACAAGGCAAUCUCCACAGAGACUAAUGGCACGGACAGCAACGGCAGUAACAGCAGCAAUAUCCAGUGACCACUGUCCGGGAGGGGGGAUUGAGCUGCAGGGCGCCGGUGGGGUUGCUGCACGUCAGCAGUGGGAUG